AAGUUCAGUUUAUUGUUUGGGUUUCUUUGUAAUUUUGCAUUCCAUACACUCGGUAUGAUGAUUUCAUUUAUUGUAGUGCUCAUUUUGGGAUCAGCAUUGGCUGAUGAACCUGAGAUCACUAAUCAACGCCAAAUAUCCAGCAAACCUGGAUUCCAUAACGAAAAGAAUGCAACCUCAACCAAAGAUAAUAAUGCGUCGCAUCCCCCAUUAAACUUGAACAAAGAUCCACUAUCUACAAAAUACCAUUUUUUCCGGCCUCACAUGAAAGGAGAUAUAAUAAAUCAAUGGAGCCAGGAUCCAAUUACCUUUCGUCCACACAAAAAAGAAGAGAAAUUGAAUCAUCUGAGCCGGGAACCAAAUGUCUUUCAUGCUCCUCUAGCUACAAUGCUGGGUCACUUAAUGAAGACGGGAAAGUUUGAUGUUAUCGCCAAUUUUGUUCGACUGGAACUAGUUCGAAAAGGGGAAAAGGGACGACACCAUCAACGCCCUUUUAUGCCACCACCGGAUCAAUUAUUGUAUAAUUACUACCCAAAUCCAUUGCAGGUAUCUUUCCAACCCAAAAAAUUAACUAACGAACCAAUUAGAGAGCCUCAAGGUGCAUUCGUCAAGCCAUUACCUCAGUUCUCUGGUGCUCGUUCUGUACCCAGAGUUGAGGUUGCCCAGUUAAUGUCCAAAGUAUCUGCACCAGAAGGGACGUACGGUUUCAUUAUUCCAGAAAUUUCAGGGCAAAGAAUUCCAAGCGAACAAUGGUUGUGGUCACCAGUCUCCGCAGAGUCUGUAGGUCAACCACAGCUUAUGACAAAUUCUGCCUCAGCAGGAAGCAGCAAUAUCAGCAGGCGUCCUGUGCAGGUUCCAUUUGAAACGAUGUAUCAGCAAUACCAAAAAAUGCAAGAUGAUUCAAAGAUUACUGAAAAAUCUUAUUCGCAACUUUCCAAAAUUUACGAAAUCUUGAACGCUUUGAAAACUAUUAAGUCAGAAACUGGUGCUAAAGAGUUGCAAAACCGAAGCAUAUUGAUGCCACUUUAAAAGCCAA